GUUAUUUAAAUGUAGUUUCUUGCCAGGAAGGAGAUUAUUUAACUCAAAGAUGUCGUUUGAGUUUUUCGUUUAUUUUAGGAUUAGGCUUACGUGUUGGACAUUAUGUUUCUAUUACUUCUGAUGAUGGUUCUACGAGUGUAAUUUGUAUGUUACGUCCUUUGUAUGAAACAGAAUCAUUACGUGCUGUUGAAAUAGAUGAUACUGUCGUCAUAAAUCAUAAGUCCAUACGUAAGAGAUUAAAACACAUAAAAUAUCCUUCUGGAUUCACUUCACUUGACACGUGUUUAGUAAAGGACAUCAAAAUUUCUGUUGUUUUAAGCGACAUUAACGCAUCAUCUGAAUGGAAAAACGAAAAUUAUCAGUUAGAAUAUUGGAUAAAAUGCCUUAUUCAACAAUUUCGCAUUGUUAAAAAUUCUGUCAUAAAAUGUGCCAAUCAUCCUCUUACGGAGUUAUGCAAAUUUCAUGCCAUUAUUAUUGAAGAUCUGGACUGCAAUGAAAAUUAUGUAGGAAAAGUCAAUGAACAGACUAAUAUUUCUGUAAAUAAAAUCAUCAGUAAAGAGUGGUACGAACUAAAUCAAUGUGUCGAAGAGAUCCCUCUGGGAGGUUUACGGAAGGAAUACGAAAUUUUAAAGCAUAUAAUUACUAUCUCGACUAAUAAUUUUGAAUCAAAUCCCACUGGUAUAUUAUUAAUUGGACCUUCAGGAACAGGAAAGUCAACAUUAGUGAAAAAAGUUUGUUUGGAUUGUAGAGCACCUUUAAUUAAAAUUGGAAUAUCAAACUAUUGUAUAUCUGGAGAAAGCAAAAAUGAAAAUGAAUUAAGGAAAAUAUUUAGUCAGGCUGAGACGUUGUGUGAAGAGGGCCCUUGUGUCCUGUUGGUGGAUGAGAUUGAAUUAUUUUUUAAUAAGAAAAGUAGUAAAAACUGCAAGCCUCAGUUGCGUUCUCUAAUAGAUAAUGUGAAAAGAAAUAGGAAACUGAUAGUAAUAGGUGAAACGAGUAAACCAAAUGACAUUGUUUUGAGAAUGAGAAGAUCUUGUAGAUUUGAAAAAGAGAUUUUGAUAGGAGUUCCCGAUCAUUCUCAACGUGUCAAAAUAUUGGAAUCUCUCACCGAGUCACUUGUUCUCUCCAAAGAUGUCAAUUUUAGUACGAUUGCGGACAGAACUCCUGGUUAUGUUGGAGCAGAUUUGAAUCUUAUAAUUAAAGAAGCUGCUUUGAAUGUUUACAGGAAGAUAAUAAAAGGAAUCAUUAAUGAGGCUAAAAUUUCUAUGGAAGAUCUACAGUAUGCUCUAACUGUGGUAAAAGCCUCCACUCAAAAAGGGUGCAUUUGGCACAUCGAUGUCAGUCCCGUCCACUGGGAUGACAUUGGUGGAAUGGAAAAAGAAAGAAUUAAGAUGCACAUUGAAUGGCCUCUGUUGUAUCCCGACUCUUUUAAGAGAUUAAAUAUACCGCAGCCAAAAGGUAUAUUGUUGUUUGGACCUCCCGGAUGUUGUAAGACUACCCUAAUAAGAGCAGCGGCCACUUCCUGUAAUGCUACUUUCUUGGCUGUCAGUUCUGCACAGAUCUAUUCUCCGUUUGUUGGAGAUUCAGAGAGAGCUAUAAGGGAGAUAUUUCAUCGGGCUCGACUGGGAGCUCCCUCCAUGAUAUUUUUUGACGAGAUCGAUGCUCUGGUUGGAAAGCGUGGGUUUGGUGCAAGUCGAGACGUACAAGAGAAAGUUUUAUCUACUCUACUUAAUGAAAUGGAUGGCAUCGGAACUAAAUCAAGUGAAAUUCAAGGAUCAAAGAUAUUAGAAGGAGAAGAUUAUAAAUCUGAAAAGGAAGAGUUAGAAGCAAGGAAUAAUGCUCGAGUAAUCGUGGUGGCCGCCACAAAUCGACCCGACAUGCUGGACGAGGCAGUCCUCCGUCCUGGACGAUUCGAUGUCAUUCUGGGCAUUCCUCCACCAGACGAAAAGGCCAGGGAAUCCAUUCUUAGAGUCCUGACCAAAAAAAUGCCGCUGGAAGACGUCAAUCUAAAAGAGAUAGCUUCAAGAACGGAAAUGUUUUCAGGUGCAGAUUUGGGAAAUUUGUGUAGGGAGGCUCUGUUUGGUGCCAUCAGGAAAAAUGGUGUUGAAGUGACCAGUGUACAGAUGGACGACUUUUUAACGGCACUUGAAAAUGUAAAGCCGUCCCUCGACCAACAACAAUUGGAGGAAUUUAGAAAAAUGGCAAGAAGAUACGAUUGUGCCGGGUUGGUCGAUAUUUUGAGAGAAAAGUUUUGAUCUCUGGCAAUUCAAAGAUGAGUUCCGGUAAGCAGAUUCCACCACAUACAAACCCCAAAAUAAGGUUCUGCAUUGCUAACACGCGACCUAAAUCCACUUCUAUGUGAAGACGACUGAACAUCUUAAUGUUGAGAUCAUCGUCAAUUGGAAAUUGUUAUGGGGUAUGUAAUUAUUGUGGUUGAACAGAUGUUAGAUGGCGCAUCUCAAUCAUUCUUGUAACGACUUGUAUCUACAAUAGCCAUUGUAAUAUUUAUAAUUACAAAAAGUGAAAAUGAUUACCAAAAACUCAAAAUGGAAAACAAUAAAGGGAUUAUUGAAAAAUUCAGUAGCAUAUUCCUUGAAGAAAUCAAAUA